UUGGGGAGGUGAGAGGUGAUUUCCUGCCAUUCUUCUGUGGGGCGGGCUUCCCAGGGCGGUCAUGCCAGGCUGACGGGGCGCAGUACGGGCUCCCGCUGCUGGGGGAGAGCUGGGUUUUCAUGGGGCGGGAGCCAAGACAGGACCUGCAGCCAUGAACCGCUUCAAUGGGCUCUGCAAGGUGUGCUCGGAGCGCCGUUACCGCCAGAUCACCAUCCCGAGGGGGAAGGACGGCUUUGGCUUCACCAUCUGCUGCGACUCUCCGGUCCGAGUCCAGGCCGUGGAUUCAGGGGGCCCGGCAGAGCAGGCAGGGCUGCAGCAGCUGGAUACGGUGCUGCAACUGAACCAGAGGCCCGUGGAGCACUGGAAAUGCGUGGAGCUGGCACACGAGAUCCGGAGCUGCCCUGGCGAGAUCAUCCUGCUUGUGUGGCGCAUGGUCCCCCAGGUCAAGCCGGGGCCAGAUGGCGGGGUGCUGCGGCGGGCCUCCUGCAAGUCAGCACAUGACCUCCAGUCACCCCCCAACAAGCGGGAGAAGAACUGCACGCACGGGGCCCAGGCCCGGCCCGAGCAACGCCACAGCUGCCACUUGGUGUGUGACAGCUCUGAUGGGCUGCUGCUUGGCGGCUGGGAGCGCUACACUGAGGUGGCCAAGCGUGGGAGCCAGCACACCCUGCCUGCCCUGUCCCGUGCCACUGCCCCAACGGACCCCAACUACAUCAUCCUGGCCCCGCUGAAUCCUGGGAGCCAGCUGCUGAGGCCUGUGUACCAGGAGGACACCAUCCCCGAAGAAUCAGGGAGUCCCAGUAAAGGGAAGUCCCACACGGGCCUGGGGAAGAAGUCCCGGCUGAUGAAAACGGUGCAGACCAUGAAGGGCCAUGGGAACUACCAGAACUGCACAGUCAUGAGGCCGCACACCCCGCACUCAAGCUACGGCACCUAUGUUACCCUGGCCCCCAAGGUCCUGGUGUUCCCCGUCUUCGUUCAGCCUUUAGAUCUCUGUAACCCAGCCCGGACCCUCCUGUUGUCAGAGGAGCUGCUGCUGUACGAGGGGAGGAACAAGGCCGCCGAGGUGACGCUGUUUGCCUAUUCGGACCUGCUGCUGUUCACCAAGGAGGACGAGCCAGGCCGCUGCAACGUCCUGAGGAACCCCCUCUACCUCCAGAGUGUGAAGCUGCAGGAAGGUUCUUCCGAAGAUCUGAAAUUCUGCGUGCUGUACCUCGCAGAGAAGGCAGAGUGCUUAUUCACUUUGGAAGCACACUCGCAGGAGCAGAAGAAGAGAGUGUGCUGGUGUCUGUCGGAGAACAUCGCUAAGCAGCAACAAUUGGCAGCAUCGCCCACCGAGAGCAAGAAACUCCACCCUUACGGCUCUCUCCAGCAGGAGAUGGGGCCAGUCAACUCAACCAAUGCCACCCAGGAUAGAAGCUUUACCUCAUCAGGACAGACUCUGAUUGGCUGAGCAAACCCAAGGGCGGGACUCUGCUUCUGGCAACUUAACCCUUUCUUGGGCAUCCCCUACCACACAGUAACCUCACCUCAACUGGACCCAAAAUGGAGGACCAAGAUGGUGGGCCCAGGGCCAUCUGAAGGGAGUGGCCCCAAGGGUGUGUGUGGACUGGCAUCAGAAGGACCACAGUGGUGUGAGAGGCCCUGUGGGCAUAUGCAGACUGGCAUCAGACAGUCUUAAAUGGAGAAGACUCAGAAUCUUAUCCCUUCAAGGAAGAAGGAGGUGAAAUGGCAACCGGGCUUCCAGGUGGUUCCAGCACCUGCCUUGGAGGCCACAGGAGAGGUUGGGAGAGGCCACCCCUGAUGGAAAACAACACCAUGAUCUGCUGCUGCCGGAAGACCUAACUACCCACUCACUCAUUUUUCAUCUGUAUUCAUUCAAUCAUUCAUUCAACAGAUAUUUUGGGGGCAUCUACCUUACGCCAGGCUCUGUACUAGUAGCUGAGGAUACUGUGUAGUCUCUGCCCUCAUCAAGAUUCCAGUCCUAGUAAGGGAGUGAGCCAUUGAAUAAAUAACACCAACACACACACACAUACACACACUCACGAUUACAAACUGUGAUAAUCUACAAAGGGAACGAACAGAUUCCUUUAAGAGAAAGUAUUAUUCAGAUGGCUGUGUGUGUGUGUGCGGUGUAUGUGGGUGUGUGUGUGGGAGGAGGGGAUAAGGCCUCUCAAAGAAGAUGAUUUUUAAGCUGACACCUGCAGAGUGGAAAGGAGUUAGCUAGUCAAGGACUUUGAAGAGAGUUCCAGAUAAAUGGAAGAGCAUGUAAAGAGUACAUGAGGUGGGAAGGAGCCUGGAGUGCUGGAGGACCAGACAAGGCCUGUGUGGCUGAGCUUAUUGAGAAGGAAGUUGGGUAGGUGGGAGCCAGAUCAUCAAGGCUUUGGCAUCAAAUGCUUUACUGAUUUCAUUCUAGAUACAGUGAGAAGCCAUUGAAGGCUUUUAAGAAAGGAAGUCACAGUCUCAGGUACAUAUGUAGAAGAUCAGAGAGCAGAUGGGAGAGGCCCAGGUGGGUGUGAGGAGACCAGUUACGAGGCUCUUUCAGUCCUCCAGGUGAGGAGCGAUGGUAGCCUAUCUUGGAGUGGUGGCUGGGUUGGUGGGUCUGUGAAUGCUCAGGCCCUGGGAUACGGAGAAGGCUCUGGGAUGAGAAGAGACGAUUCCUUGUCUCCCCCACCUCGCCCUCAUCCUCCAUCAUGUCUUACUCUCUUAGUGGGUAUUAGUGAGGAUUCAGGUCUUCCUCACAGAGCCCCUUCCUGCCCAAGCCUGGGCUAGCGGCUGGUGCUGAGUUCUGGGAAUGUCCCUGGGAUUUGGGAGCAGUAGGUGCUCAGCCCAGCCAAGGUGAAAAAGUCCAUGGCCCCACAGGCCUUAGCAGAGGUUGCCUGUGCUGUCCCUCCAUCCUAUGCUGAGUAGUCUUAUAGGAAGCUGAUAGACAGCACUCUGGAAAUUGACUUGUUUUGCUUUCUGCAGGACUCCUAAGGGUCAGUGACUGGGCCUGGGUGUGGCUCAGCAACUCUAGUGAGACUGUUGUGCCACGAGGCUAAAGGAAGACCUGUCAAGGGAAUGGUGAUUGGAGCCCAGGCGCUCACUGCCUGCUGCACCCUCAGCGGGUGCUCGGGGUGGGCAGCUCUCACACUUUUUCCCAAUUGCGAACACCUAGAGGCUGGGAAGCCUGAGGCCACAGUCUGAGUGGCAUGGCUUAUGCAAGGUGUUGGUAGGAUCAGGGUCACCUGCAUAGGAAAAGGGGGUUAGAGAAGCUGGAGAGAUGGCUCAGGUCAGAGAAGCUCCCCCACCCCAGACACUCUUUGCUUUGUGUCUUGUAAGACUUCUCCGUGUCUUUAGAGAAGAGAAGAGUUUGCUUAGCUGCUGGGGCCACUUGAACCCCUGGAAGGGUGGCCCAGAAGAGAAUACAUCCCUUGCCCCCUGCUUAUCCUUCUCCCAGCUGAGGAAAGAUCAGACAUAUCAUAUCAGUAGUCUAACAGGGCACAGGAUGUAUCUACCUGUGAUCAGGCUAAUGCCCCUCCCCAGCAGGGGAAUAGAUGCUGCCUGAACGGAGACAGUGAUGCACAGCGUCUCUGUCAGCCAGGGCCCAGCCCUCGGGAUAAUUCUGAGAGGCCAAGCAGCUGGGGCUGCACAGACAGCAAGCUGCACUUUGAUUUCAUUUGAUUCCCUUACAAAAUGACAUUAAGGGGAAUGUGAGGCACAGGAGAAUUGUCUGUCUGGGAAGGCAGCAAGCUUGUCUCUCUCCAACCUGGUGUCCUCCCACUGCCCACGAGACAGGUGCAGAGGACAGGCGGUCUGGCCACAGGAAAAUGGAGAAUCUGAACAUAGUACCCAGUCCUGGGGACCGGGCUUUCCUCCCAGCUUGUCCCAACAAGCUGCGGAGCCUAGUAGCUGCUCCCGUCAGGGUCCCAGGCCUGCUGGCUCUCGGGGAGGCGGACAUCAGACCCAGUGGGCCCUGGGCUAGAUUUGCCCAGUGACUGUGGUGAGCCACAGCACCAUUGAUAUUCUUCCUCGCAAAUCAAUGAAACAAUUAAUUUGGCUCCGUGGGCUUGAGAAGAUGAAAUAUGACCUGGUGGCCACUGCUCUUCAACAUCCCAGUCCAUCGCAGCUGUCCAGGAUGAUAAACAUACUAUCAAAAUUGCAUUUGAGAGUCAUAAUCACGGGAAGCACCGCCGAGCUCCUCCCUGCCACAUAAAUCACACUAAGAGGUACACAAUGGCCUCUUUCCUGAUGGGCCAAUUGUCUUGGUUUGGUGUCUCGGGGCCCAGGAGUUGGGAGGAUGGGAGCACAGCCAUUUAUUGUUGAAAAGGCCGUCUGUGCGCUUUGAAUACAAAGCGAUCCUUUUAGUUCCCAGCCCACCCUCUGAUCCCAUUUUCAUGUUUUCCUAUGUCUCAGACUCUGGGUCUUGGAAACUCUCAGUAUCUCCUAUAAGCAGUCCUGCCAACGUCUCUGCUGGCUUGGGUCUUUGGUUCUUUGAGGAUUUGGGACAACAUGGACCUGUUGGAAAUAAUAAGGACAUUUAUUUAUGUAUGUCUUGUUUUUUAUUUCAAUUAUUAUUAUGAUUUUUUAUUAAU